CUCAAAUCCCCAAAACCCCGCAAAACCCCUAGCGCAGAAUUCGUUCGCACCUCGUCAAUCCAUCAAUGGGGUUCUCUUCCUCUUUCUUUCUCAUAUCUCCACUUCCCUCUCACUUCCAAAAAUUCACAUUCUUUCGUAAAAUACCCCUCGUAAGUCUCAAGAAUUCCUUCCAUGUUCUCUGUUGCUCUUCGCCGGGAAUUCCUCCAUUUACACAACAGGACAUCCUCAACUUCAUAGCCGAAUCAAGAGGGAAGACGCUCCCUUGCGUGAGGACCUACGAGAAUGACUUGGUUCGGCUCAGCCUUGUCGGAGACGUAGCCUUCGAUCAGGCCAUCACUGCUGCAGCAGCCGAUGGAGGAAAAGUCGCCGCCGAGCAUCUUGACUCGGGGGUUCCUGCAAUGGUCGUCGAGACUGUUUUCCCAGGCCUCUCCGACCCGCACGCCACUGUUUCAACUCGAUUGUUCUUGCCUGCUCGGGAAGUUAAAGAAAAAGCAAAUAAGCUCAAAAAGUCUCUUUCUGAAGAUAUUUUCUCCGAAACUAUAUCCAGGAACAUACUUGCCAUGACGUUUAGACAAGUAGUUCUACAACAGCUUAGCAACUUUGAGCUGGUUUUAUUCCCUCCUGGAACAGAACGAGAUAUGGAGGAUAUUGAAAGCCCCAGAGAGGUUCCUGCAUCUUUCACCCUUAGCUCAUCGAGUGAAGAGGUUAUCUCUUUGAUUGCAGAAGUUGUAUGCAUCUCUGCUCUUCAAAGCACUGAAAGGCAUUUCCUUGAUAAUUCUUUGGGAAGAACUUCGAGUAAUUUCUUUCAGUGGUUUAAAAAGCAUAGAAGGAUUGUAUCUAAAGAUUCCUCAAUUUUCAUUUAUCAGUUAUUUGAAGAUGAGAUAAUUGGAAAUGGCAAGAGUCUGCUUGAAAAUUUUAACUCCUUGAAAGGAACCUUUAGGCCUAAAGUAAAGCCAAAGAGCCAUUGGUGGAAGCCAUCCGCAUAUUUUCAAUUGGAAAGCAUUGGUGGUUCUGAGUUUGCUAGCUGGCUAAUUGAGUAUAUACCUGCUUAUCGACUAGAAAUUGACACCAACAGACUCAAGAAUGUAAAAUUUGAAGGCUGGAGAAAGUCUGCUGAGAAUUUGUGGGAAGUUCUUCUGACUCAUUCCCAAAUGGUCAGACUGGUUGAUGCAUUGGAUAUGUACUUCGAAGAUAUUUACUCAAUCCCCACUAAAGAGCUACCAUGUGAAGUGGCUGCAAACUAUGUCAAUUUGUCCACCAUGAAGAAGGGCUCCUCUUUGUUGAAAAUCCUGUAUGCCACCAUAGCAAGUGGAAUUAUUCUAUUGGCAAUUUGUUCUCUUGGUCAAUUUAGUUUGCGUUAUCAGUCCAAGGGAAAUAAGUCCCUUAGAGAAAGCUGUUCUCUUACAUCAUCAGAGAUCAAGUCUGAGACUCAUCAAUCUUCAGGAACUGCAGAGUUCUGAAUUGGUUAAACACUAAUGAGUUGGUGCAAGCUCGUAGGCCCGAUCCAGCUUUGUCUCCAUAUAUAUGUGUGUGAUAUGCUGUAAAAGAGGAGAAACAUAUAACCAUAUUUUCCUUCAAGAUGAGGUGGUGUGGAGGUUAUGGUCUGGCCCAUUUAACCUUUCUUGGAUAACACUUCCAUCAUUGAAAUGUUUUAUAUACUUCAGCAUCGGACCAAUUCGGAUGAAGAAGAAAGCAUGACUAUUAUGGCGAGGAGCAUUGUUCUCAGGCUUAUGGACUAUUUGGUUGGAAAAAAAUCAUUGGAUUUUUUAUAAUCAAUUUUUUCCGGUUUAUAUGUUGGAGGAGAAAACAGCUUUUUUGGCUUUCCCAUGGGCCAAGGCACAUGGACAAGUUUCUGAAAUUUCUCUUACGAUAUAGAAAUCGGGAAGCAAUAAUCAUGUGAUUACCCAUGGUUCAUCUUUGUCCUAGGUGCUGUUUUCUUUGUUCGAUGUUUAUUCAGCAUCUUUCUCAGUUAGAUAUCCAAAUAAAGUUUUUUCAUCGUUAACUUCUCGUUCUUAAUAUAUAUAUAUUUUUUCUGUUAAAAAAAUCACGGAUGCUGUAGUAUCAUUUGGGUUGUGCUAGGGUGAAUGUUAUCAACAUAUGCUAGUCUCUAUAUAUCAAUGUAAAUCUA